AUGUACGCUUUCUGGACCAAUGUUGUGUCGGUGCUGAACCUGUUCACCUUCUCCUCCACCAGUCGUGAUGUGACCUCCAUCGAGUAUCCCCUGGGGAACGAGGCCAGCGUGCCGGUUGCUUCCGUCAACGCUGCCAAGCCUGGUCCGAUCUUCAGAGCGCCCGAGGUUCCCAAGGGUGACUUUGAGGACUUCAAAUGCGACUAUUCGCAGAUGGUGGGCUGGGAACCCUGCUCGAGCGAAGCGGAUCGCUCUUGCUGGCUCAUCAACCGAGCUACUGGUGAGAGGUUCGAUAUCAAUACCGAGUAUGAGGAUAAUACCCCGAUUGGCGUGACCCGCAAGUAUGAGAUUGAAGUGAGCGAGCAGAGCAUCACCCCCGACGGAGUGCCUCGUACUUCUCAGGUAGUCAAUGGCCAAUACCCCGGGCCCAUAAUUCAAGGCUGCUGGGGCGACGAUAUCGAGGUGACGGUGCGCAACAACCUCACGUACAACGGAACGACGAUCCACUGGCAUGGGAUCCGGCAGCUGAACACGAACGCGAUGGACGGCGUGAACGCGGUGACGCAGUGCCCGAUUGCGCCGGGUCAGUCGUUCACGUACAAGUUCAAGACGGUGCAGUACGGAACCACCUGGUACCACAGCCACUACAGCAUGCAGUACGGCGAGGGCACCCUGGGCCCGCUGGUUAUCCAUGGGCCCUCGUCGAGCAACUGGACAGAGGCGAUAGAACCGGUGCUGAUGACCGACUGGUCUCACGUGCCGUUCCAGGAACAAUGGAGAAAAUCGAUCACAACGGGUGGUAGUGGGCGCCUCAAGGUCGACAAUGUGCUCAUCAACGGCAUCGGCACUUGGGGCGGCACCCCGGCGACCAACCCGUACACGACCGAGUUCAAGAAGGGGAAGCGGUACCUGCUGCGCAUCAUCAACACGUCGGUCGAUUCCACCUUUAUCUUCUCCAUCGACAGCCACAUUCUCGAGGUCAUCUCUGCCGAUCUCGUGCCGAUCCAGCCGUACACCACGGACCACAUCGUGGUGGGGAUUGGACAACGGUACCAUGUAAUCGUAGAAGCGAAUCCGCUCAACGACGACAAUGCAGGCACCUUCUGGAUGCGUACCGAGCUGGCCAAGGGCUGCGCGGGGAACGGGUUGAACCCUGAGACAUGGAACAAGGAACAUAGCACGACGGGCAUCGUGUGCUACGACGAGCACUGCAGCCCACCGGUGGCGUCGCCCACGUCGCGGCGAGGGACGUUCGACGACGACUGCCACGACGAGCCGUACGACAAGCUGGUGCCGGUGGUACCCUGGCUGGUGGGCGCGCCGUCCAACUUUGCGAGCGACGGCCAGUUCGAGCUCGACAUGGAGUUCUACCAGGGCCUGCCGUUAUACCCGUCCGACCGGGCGCUGCAGCGGUGGAACAUGUACACCAGCACGAUGUGGCUCAACUUCUCGAACCCGUCGCUCCGGAUGGUGGAGGAGGGCUCCAAGGCCGGGGACUUUAGCCAGUACGCCGUCGUGGUCAACCAGACGCACCCGCACAACGAAUGGGUGUACCUGCUCAUCUCGGGCACGACCAAAAACCUGCCCAAGAGCGCGCAUCCCAAGACGCAUCACCCGAUCCAUCUGCACGGCCACGACUUUGCCAUCCUCGAACAGUCCACCAAGCCCCUUCAGAUCGGCCAGCUCAAGUUGAACCUGGAGAACCCCCCACGGCGCGACGUCGCCUUCCUCCCGGCGAGCGGGUACCUUGUCCUCGCGUUCAAGACCGACAACCCGGGUGUGUGGCUGAUGCACUGCCAUAUCGCCUUCCACGCUUCCGGGGGCCUUGCACUGCAGAUCCUGGAGAACACCAACGAGAUCAAGCUGGACGACGACGACUACGCACGCCUCAACGAGACGUGCGCCCAGUGGGAUAGCUGGAAGAAUACCUCGCAGGACGGGAAGCAGUUCCUUCAGGAUGAUUCCGGGAUCUGA